AUGGCGCACGGAGACUGCACAGAGAUAUCGGCGCUGUGCCCGGUCGGCGCCACAGUGCUGGGAUAUUAUCCCAAUCUGGGAUCGGGCAUCUUUUUCGCCAUUGUGUUUGGCAUCUUGACAGUCGGCUCUCUUGUUCUGGGAAUAUGGAAGAAGACGUAUACAUAUGCGAUCGGCCUGUCCAUCGGUCUACUACUUGAAAUGCUUGGCUACAUUGGUCGCAUCCAGCUCAACUCCAACCCCUGGAACAGCGGUGCUUUCCAACUGCAGAUCUGCGCCAUCAUCCUCGCACCCACCUUCAUCUGCGUCUCCAUCUAUCUCACCCUCAAGCACGUCGCCCUCAACCUCAACUCCGCCGUCUCCCGCAUCAAGCCCCGCUGGUACCCCAUCAUCUUCCUCCCCGCCGACCUGAGCUGCCUCAUCGUCCAGGCCAUCGGUGGCGGCAUCGCAGCUGCUGGCGGCGACACCAACCCCAAGCUGACCGAGUCCGGAAACCGUGCCAUCAUUGCCGGCGUUGCGCUGCAGGUCGUCGUGCUCAUCGCCUUUGGAGUCCUCAGCACGGAUUACUAUGUUCGCGUGAGGAAGUACAUGACUCUCCCGGAGGCCCAGAACACGGAUGGAUGGAAGCUGUGGCACGACGGCAACUUUAAGAAAUUCCGCUAUGCCAUCUCUACUGCUUACUUUGUCAUCUUGAUCCGAUGCAUCUACCGUAUUGCUGAAAUGGCCGGCGGCUGGGGCAACAAAAUCAUGCAAGACCAGCCCAGCUUCCUCGUCCUCGACAGCACCCUCAUCUUCGUCGCCACUUUCCUGCUCGUCGUCUUCCACCCAGGCAUUUACUUUCCGCACAUGCGCCGAGACCGCCAAAAGUCCCUGCGACCCGCCGAGGAGAUUAAGCUGGAAAACGGCUUGUCGUCCACCGAGGGCAUCAAAGUGGCUGCGUAA